AUGUUUGCUGAAAAGGCUAUUGACGGUAAUCGAGGUCUCCAGCAGUUGGAUACGGGAUGUUCCUCAACCCUUAAUCAGACUAACCCAUGGUGGAGAGUGGAUCUGGCUCAUAUUUAUAAAGUUAGUAGAGUGGUGGUCACCAACAGAAAUGAGCUGUACACAAAUAAAUGGAGCAGAGAUUCGCAUCGGAAACUCUUUGGAGAACAAGGCAACAACAAUCCCAUAUGUGCCAUUAUUCCUGCUAUUCCAGCAGGUGAGUCCUUUGGCUACUCGUGCGGUGGGAUGGAGGGACGUUACGUGAAUCUGAUCAUUCCUGGAGACAUGAAGAUACUCACUCUGUGUGAGGUGGAGGUUUUUGGAAAAGGUAUGCUUGAGUCAAAGUAUUUGAUCUCCAAGCAAAGCUUGGUGGAGAAACUCUUGUUGGCAACCACAGAGUUGGCAUCUGCUCUGGCUGACAGAGGAGUCACAAACGUGACACUGAGUUGGUUUCAAACCCCUGAACGGGUGAUUCAGAAGGAGAACGCUCCUAAAAGAAAUUGGGCAUCAAGAGGAACUGUUAUACAGUCAUCAACAUCUGCUGACAUGUUUGCUGAAAAGGCUAUUGAUGGUAAUCGAGGUCUCCAGCAGUUGGAUACGGGAUGUUCCUCAACCCUUAAUCAGACUAACCCAUGGUGGAGAGUGGAUCUGGCUCAUAUUUAUAAAGUUAGUAGAGUGGUGGUCACCAACAGAAAUGACUGCUGUACCGAACAAAUAAAUGGAGCAGAGAUUCGCAUCGGAAACUCUUUGGAGAACAACGGCAACAACAAUCCCAUAUGUGCCAUUAUUCCUGCUAUUCCAGCAGGUGAGUCCUUCAGCUACUCGUGCGGUGGGAUGGAGGGACGUUACGUGAAUCUGAUCAUUCCUGGAGACAUGAAGACACUCACUCUGUGUGAGGUGGAGGUUUUUGGAAAAGGUCCUGUUUUAAAUAGAUCAAUUGUAAAAAUGAUGUUUAACUCCAGAGCUGAUUUGACUGAACUGACAAUGAAAGAAAAAAUUAUUAUGCAGUUGGCAUCUGCUCUGGCUGACAGAGGAUUCACAAACUUGACAGUGAGUUGGUUUCAAACCCCUGAACGGGUGAUUCAGAAGGAGAACGCUACGAAAAGUUGA